CAUCUUCUGACAAUAUGUAAACAAUUUAUCUAGGACAACUUAUCAGCUGUGACAAUUGCACUAUGCAUUGAAAACUAUACGCCCACACGCAUAAACAUUCUUAUUCUAAACAAUGAACAUUGUACACUAGUUUAAACAAUCACCAUGGCUUCCUCACCCUCAUCGGUCGCAUCUUGCUGCAUUUCUAGAGUCUCUGGCGACGACAGCUCUGAAGACAACGUGUUGCCAGAAACUUUACAAAAUCAACAAAUAUAUCUAGCUUUAAACAAGGAAGCCACUGAAGAAGAACUUGAAACUGCAGUAGCAAAAUGUAAAGAACUAGUACUGGAAUGUGAUAAUCUAUCGCCAGAACGCAAAUGGUUAGUACGGCAUCUCAUUGAGCUCCGAUUACGGCUGCAGGAAUGGCGAGAGGCAAAAGAUGACCCACAAGUUGGCUGUUGUAGACAUCCAAGAAAUCGAAGUGGCAUAUCCAAAAGAACAAUAAAAGGCCACCAUUUUGUUCUACAAUCAAUCAUUAAGAGAGGAAUCAGUAAGGACUGUGAUCACUGUACAGGUACCAUUUGGAAUUUUGUACAAGCUUGGUACUUGUGCGAUGAUUGUGGCUUCAACUCUCAUCACAAAUGCUUGUCUUCCAUAAUCCGCGAAUGCGCGCACGUCACCGCCACCGAGCAAGGCCAAUACGAGUUCAAAAUCUGCCCGGAAAUCGGCCUCUCCGCCCAAAAAUAUAAAUGUGCCGAAUGUAAAACCAGUUUACCAAUCGCCUUACCUAAAGGAAUAUUAUGCUUUGCUAGGUAUUUAUUCACAGGUAAUACUUGGAUAGAGUCCCAAACACGUCGUUGUGACUACACUGGCUUAUAUUAUUGCUCUGGCUGCCACUGGGGCGGUGAAGCAGUCACCCCAGCGCGCAUUAUCCACAACUGGGACUUUGAACAGAAACCAGUUUGUCAGGCCACCCUGCAGUUAAUCAAAGUAACCCUCACAAGGCCUAUCAUAAACUUAGAGAAACUCAACCCGAAACUAUUCGCAAUCGUACACGAGCUGGAUUUAGUACGACGUACACGCAUCGAGUUAAAUUUAAUGCGGAAAUAUUUACUGGUAUGUCGCGAGGCGCAAAAAGAUCAUUUAUUAUGGAAAAGUGUAGAUACACCACACCUAAUUGAAACAACAGAUCUCUAUAGUCUUGUGGAUCUUUAUGAGGCCAGUAAUGGUGAAUUACCAUCAAAAUUACUGAACUGGGCAUCGAUUUUUAUCAAACACAUCAAAGAAACCUGUGAAGUGUGUCGUGGACGUGGCCACAUAUGCGAGAUUUGCUUCAACGAUGAAGUUUUAUACCCGUUUGACACUUCUGCUGUGGUUUGUGAACAAUGCAAUGCUGUCCUGCAUAAAAUCUGCUUCUCCAGGACAAACGAAUGCCCGAAAUGUGUGCGUAUCAAGAAGCGGUUAGAGAAACAGACUUUGUACCUAUAUGAUGAUGAUGAUGAUUGUGAUUAAUGCUACAAUAAUGAAAUCCACGUGCAAAAUUAA